AUGAAAGAAAAAGUAGAAAGAGCUAUGUCACAAAUUAAAAAGGACAAAUCUCCAGGUCCAGAUAAUAUAUAUGAUGAAUUUUUAAAGUUAAUAGAUGCAGAAGGUGUAUCAUGGCUCACUAAGUUAUUCAGUAGAAUAUAUGCUUCCGGGGAGAUAUCUCAAGUAUGGCUACAGGCUACAUUUUUGACAUUGCCUAAAAACCAAGUGCGUUUUGCAUUCUAUAUUGGAAUCAAAUAG